AUGGCAGACAAUGAGUCGUCAGGAGGUGACCAACCACCGCGCUCCAAGAGGCGCGUCACCUUAAAAUUGUCGGACCUAUGGGGCUCUGGCCUGAAAGUUGACCGAAAGAUUUGUGUUAUAGGCAACCCUAAUGAUGAUCCUGAGGAGCGUAUGAUGCGUUUGGCUCAAGUCGCUACAAUCCUGCCAACACAGACGGCAUGUGUUGAGCGCGGAUUUAGCCGGCAUCGUAUUAUUAAGAAUCGCCUGACGAACCGGCUAAAGCUGGAAACGGUUGAUUCACUACUUCGUGUGGGCAUGUUGGGACCUGCUGCUGAUACCGGGGCGAAGCCACUGAUUGAUCAGGCUGCUGGGAUCUACUCGCGUAAGGGUUAUACAGGCAUUAUUCACAAGUUGUCUUCUGACGUUAGCAAAAUUAAUUUGAAUCCAUACGGAGAGGAUGAUAAUGAGGAGGUUGCGACGGACCCAAAGAUUGAAGUACUGGUACAAGCAACAUACCCCGCUAGUGAUGAUGAGGCUUUUAGUGACAGUGACUACGAGACCGACGUAGAACGAGAUACCGAUGAGUCGUCUGUGGAUGAGGAUUUUGAUGAGGAGGAGGAGGACGCGAAAGAGGAGCAGAAGGGAUGGGCGGCCGCGGUGGCCAAGGCGCUUGGCUUUCGCUGA